AUCCGCGCAGGGAUUUGUGGGAGUGAGUCAUAUAGCGAUGACGUUGCCAUGCACAGCCGGUCAGUAUGGUAUUUCCUUUUAGCUAGCUUUUUCAAAACAAUCUGAGAGGACAAUGUUCCGUGUGUAGCUCGAUCUGGCUAGGAUCGCAAAUGGAAAUCGAACGGUCGGAAUGGCCAGCGGCUCAAUGUAGUUAGUAGCUGAUAUAGCUAGCAUAGUCUAGUGUGUGUUGAUGUUGCUCUCGCCAGUAUUCUGCCCAGUAGAUUCCCACCGCUCUUUCGUCACUACAGGAUGCUCAAGCUGUUCGGAGCGCUAGUUCUUGUGGGACUAGCGCUGGCGUGCUUAGCUUCCUGGGUGCUGGAGAGCUAUGACACCUCUUGGCACCCCAAACGGAAUGUUCGGCAGUUCAACGCCGGGGAUGGAGAGGAAGCUAGUAGGACAUGUCUACCUCCGUAUCCCGGCGGCAAAUUGGAUAACAUAUUCUGGUUCGUGCAGGUGUCUGACAUUCAUAUCAGUCGAUUCCAUGACAAAAAACGAAUUUCAGACUUUGAGAAGUUCUGCACUGAUACCGUUGAAGUGAUCCAACCUGCUCUCGUGCUCGCAACAGGAGACCUGACAGAUGCGAAGACCAAGAGCAAGGUGGGCUCCCUGCAGCAUGAGGUGGAGUGGCAGGCCUAUCACGACAUCCUGAAGAGGUCUCGGGUGCUGGAGCGCACCAAAUGGAUUGACAUCCGCGGAAACCAUGAUGCCUUCAAUAUUAUUUCCUUGGAUAGUGUCAACAACUACUACAGGAAGUACUCAGCCAAUCAGAAAGUUGGCUCCUUCCACUAUGUCCACAAGACUCCCUUCGGCAACUACUCCUUCAUCUGUGCUGAUGCAACCAUCACCCCCGGACCCAAGCGGCCGUACAACUUCUUUGGCAUUCUCAACCAGACUCAGAUGGACCUGUUGGCAUCCUUCAGGACUGAGAGCCACAGCAGCAACCAGACCAUCUGGUUUGGCCACUACACCACUUCAACGGUCAUCUCCCCCUUUCCAGGGGUGAGAGGCGUGAUGAGCUCGGCUGUAGCGUACCUGUGUGGUCACCUACACACUCUGGGCGGCCUGAUGCCUGUACUACACAGCAGACACCCCGAGGGCACCCUGGAACUGGAGCUAGCUGACUGGAUGGACAAUCGCAGGUACAGAGUGCUGGCGUUUGACCACGACCUGCUGAGUUUCAUGGACCUGAAGUUUCAGCAGUGGCCUGCAGUACUCAUCACCAAUCCCAAGGAGGCGCAGUACCUCCAUCCUGGAGUGGAGCCACUGGGGAGAAUACAGAGCUCUACCCACAUCAGGAUCCUGGCCUUCUCUGAUGCCCCGGUCACAGCAGUUCACGUCAGCGUGGACGGGGUGGAGAUGGGUGAAGGCCGAUCUGCUGGAGGUCCUCUGUAUGUGGUGCCAUGGGAACCCUCGCUCUACCUCACUGGGCUGCACACUGUCACUGUCAAAGUGAAGGACGCGGUGGGGCGGUCGACUUUCCGAGAACAGCUCUUCACCCUGGAAGAGGACCUCUCCCCCAGCUUUGGUUUCUUCCAGUCCUUCAUCCUGCUCACUGACCACUACAUCCUGGCCCGGGUAGCCUUUGUCGCAGGGAUGCUGCUGAAUAUUGGAGUGCUGGUGGCGUUCAGGUUCAUGCCUGUGCCCUCUGUCAGAGUGUCUUCAAGUAUGUUCUCUUGCGCCUGUCUGUCCCUGCACCUGGUCAGUAAAGCAGACACUUUCUACUACUCUCUUCUGCUCUUCAACCUCUGCACUGCCUUAGGUCCCUGGUUCAUAGGAGAGUUGAUUGAUGGUCACAGUGGGGCUUGCUUUGCCUUCGGAGUGGUUAUCGACGGACACUUCCUCGAGGGAAGUCUCACUUAUGUUGUUGGGGUUGUGCAGCUGCUCUUCUUCAACAUGCCUCUCACCUGUUACCUGUGCUGGAGCCUUCACCUGCGUAGUCGUGGUAACUCCUUCCGCUCACACUUCUUGCGUCCGGGCUAUCGGUGGAAGACUCUGGGGGUGCAUACGGCCAUGUUGCUGCUGCUAGCCUGGCAGGGAUACUCUUGUUACUUCCUGCUGGAGACAUAUGGACCUCUGGCCUUCUUCCUGUCCCCAGUCCGCACGUGGGCAGUAGGGAUCGCCCUGCUAUUGGUCUACCGCGCCUGGAAGGGCCCCGCCCCCUGUCUCCGUGACGACAGCAAGACAACCACUUUAUCUUGACUUUCUACUGGGGGAUUCUCUUAGUUAUGGCAAACUACAUUGGCUCUACUUUUCUAUCCCAUAUUUCAGACUACUCUUUUGGGCAAAGUUGUUUCUCACUUUCCCCUCAUGAUCCUAUUUCCCACAUUUUUAAACAGUUUAAAAGUAGUUGUUUCAUAUGCAUGUUAGUGUAUUGCAUGUGUAGACAACACCCCUAUACACAGUCAGCGCUAUGAAGGUGUUGGUACUGUGAAGUCACUAGUUUAGUGUACAUAUAUUGUGGAUAGAAUUGAUUGUUUAGCCAAUAUGACUGCUGUUCCUCAGAAAGCUGAUGUAGACAUUGAAGUCUCUCGCCGCUGUGGUAAAACGUAUGUAUUAUUUGCCCACUUGAGGCUUGAUUUGUAGCAGUUAUUCAAUUCAAAGUGCUGCCUCGGCCAACUGCCACACAUCACUGCCAAAGGAUACAUAAUCAGUCCUGCUCUGGCAAGUUUUGUAUUUGGUUAUUGCAAACUAGCUAUAUAUUUUACACAGGUAUAGCAGACCAAUCACCCACCUGAGGUAGUUCAUUUUUAUUUUGAGCUCUGAGAAUCUGGCUUAAGAUAUCAGCUGUUUCUCAGGAAUGGGAGGCCUUGAACCAAAAACAGACUGAUGACCCAUUUAUAUAUUCAACUAGCUCAGUGGUGAAUCUGUCCACUUAAAGCGUGAUAAAUGUUAAAUAAUAGCAUGGGUGUAAUGACCUGAGAUUGUGCUGGUUUUAUUUUGUAUUGUGAUUAUUCUCUAUUGAGAAGUUGAUUUGGGCAGCUUUGUUAUGUAUAGAACCCAUAUAUUUUGGGGCGCUCGACUUAGACUGAAGCUCCACAAUUUUGAGCUAAUAUUCUUUAAGAGGAACAGGAGCUCAAGCAGGAGAAAUGUUGAGGUGCCAGUACUCUGCUCCGGUGAGCUCCUGCCCACAAGCACUACUCUGGACUAUCAGGUUUGGGGUCCAAUUUCAACAUUGGAAUGACAAAUGACUGAUCGUGGUGUCCACACCAAGGGUUGAAGUGUCUCUUUACCAUUAUGGUCACGUCCCAUUGACCUUAUUUCCCCUGGAAUGGGAUCUUCAGUCAAGGAGUUGUGGUUCUCCUUUAUAGAAUGUGUCAGUUGGUAUUGGUCCUAUGCAUCAGGGGUCAUUAGAGCAUCUCACAAGUUGCCUAAUGCUGAUUAAAGGUUAUGACUUGAUUGUCCAGAGCUGUACUUUUUUUAAUUCAUGGUCAGCUUUAACACCAGAAUGUGAAGGGUUGGCUGGCUCAGUUUCUCCAGCACUUCCUCCAAGCUAGGUAGGUAGCCUGGGUGCCAGUCUGUCUGAUUUAGCCAACUCCUUGUCAGGCCAAACAUUACAAUUCCAUAAGGACUUUGCAUGAGAGCAGAACUAAACUGGCACCUGGGCAGAGCAUUACCACUACUUUGAAAUGUUUGCUGUACUGUUACUCUCAUAAAAUAGAUUGUGGCAUGUGUCAAAUCAGAGCCAUUUUCAAAUUGAAAUGAAGUUCAAAUUUUAUUAAUGGUUUAUAGUGCUGUGAAAGUUUAGUCAAAUGGAAUCAGAUCUAAGGCAUCCUUGAAAUCUUUGCAAUUUGGCAUGUCAAUAAUUAGACACAGAUUGGUUAAGUAUUUUACAACAGUUACAAGUAAAGAGACAUGCACUACAGUGUAACUACAAAUAAUUUUAUUCAGUACAUCCAGUUGUCAGUAUAGAAAUCAAAGGCAGGAAGUAGUAUGUAAAAAAACUUGUGAUUCCAGUAGCUUCUGAUGGUGCCACCAGGGAUUUGAAUCAAUCUGAUAUUUUAAUGACCUGUUUACCAAUGUUUCCUCCUUUCAUCAUGGAGCAAAAGGCCACUGCAAAAAUAAAGUAAAGUCCAAUUGUCAGGUUUGUAUUAAAUUGAUUAAGAUGAUCGAUUAAGUGCAACUACACAAUUACCAGUGACACUUACCUCCCAUAUUCUCAAUGCCAUUUACUACCGUCUCCAACACCUGAAGGGAGAAUGGAGGGACAAAAAUCAUACAGUGCAAAAAAAGAUAAGGUACUCAGAUAUGGGCCUCUCGCGCGAGGGGGUGAUCAAGCUGAGGGGGAAGGUUUUGAGUAACUACUUCUGGCAACAUGGCACCACUUUGUUAACCAUGUCAAAUACAAAAGAUUUGAGCACCAGUCAUCUGUGCAGUUGGUCCUUGUGGGUCAUAAUUUGAGAGAAAAAUCCACAGGAAAGUAAUUUACCCAACUUUUUAAGAGCGCCUGUAGGUAUAUGGUUCUGUCGGCUUGAUUCUCGAUGCCGUCACACGUAAACCACACUACGUAAACAAUAGCUGAAUGUAACCGAACAUUGCUGACCGAGGCACAUUUCCUGUCAAUCAGCUGGAAGCGCUGGAGUCGUACUGCGCCUCACCCGAGGUGUAUUCAUGAAUCGGAUUCCGUUGCGAAACGUUUAAUCUGUUGCGAAAAUACAAAAACGACGAAGAAUAAAAAGACAAGCGUUCUGAAAGUCGUUUUAAUAACACUUACCUUUGGAUAAUUUGUCUCAAAUUUCCACCCACCUAAGGACGAAAUCAGCAGACAAAAGGUAGAGCAAGUUCAAACUAAGUUUUUGCAACAUUCUGGCCACUGACUUUGGUAUUCAAUCAGUUUGGUGUUGAAAGCCCCAAGUAACAGCACCAUGUUGGUAGAAGUUGUGUUAUGUGCAGAACCUCCCUCGCGAGAGAAGUCUACUCUAAAAAGAUUUGAACUUCCAAGUAUACAAAACAUCAAGAUAAACUUUGCCUUGCCUUGAUCUGCCCCUCUUUAACCCACUGACUGAGCUGGAUUAUGCCGGCUUCGUGUUUCUCCAUGUAGUUCAGCACCAUAAACCGCUCCCUGGUGGGAUAGAGUACAGCUUUCUAACACAAAUGCAAACUGGGCACACUAGCAGCUCAGGCAUCUCAAACAUGUUAGAACUGUUCACAGAUUAAUAACAUAUUUUGUAAUAAACUUUACAAAUGACUAUUAAGUAUACCAUAAUCAUGUAAAAGUACUACUGAAACUCCAAAUGGUCCUUCAGUUAUCAGAGAGACAGACCGUUGAGUACCUGGUGAUGUUUUUACUUUGCAGUGCCUCCUGAGUCUCGUCACAGAGAGGUGGUGGGUAGGGCACGUCCUUGUUGUACUGGGAGAUCUGUCCACAGAGGAUCACAUGACCAUCAUUGUUCAUCUGGAGAUGAAUGAAGGGAAGAGGGGGAGGGAUGUGUGUCAGUCACUAUCAGGGUGGACAGAGCAAAAAUGCUGCAGGCCCCCCCAACCCUCUCCAAGCCCCCCAACUUUUCAUUUGUUUUAACAGUAAACACCUGAUUAAAUUAGUCAAAGGCUUGAUGAUUAGUUGACUAAUUGAGUCAGGUGUGAGGAGAGGGUUGGGAAUUAAGGUGUUUAUGGUCAUUCUUGCAGGAACGUGUGGUGUGAGCCGUUGUCUUUACAUUGUACCACUCAGAUGAUGUACGUGUCCCACAGUACCUUCGGAAGUACCGGUAGUGUAGGAGACAUCUUAGAGAUCCUAAUCUAUAUCCGUCUCCUUACACAAGUAUCUCUCCUGGACCUAGUUUGUCGGCAAAGUAGUGUAGAUUAGCCCUUAAGCCUUGCUUACAUUGGCAGUUUGAAGUGACUGAAAUUAUUUGUUGCAUACCCUACUGAAAUGCAUUCUUUCCUGCAGUCUGAACAGACAAAAAUGGACACUGGGUAGGAUAUUUCAGACCACUUUCGUAGGUGACUUGAAGUCAGAAACAAAUCAGAUUCCCGGCCAUGUGAAUUGUCAAAUCUGAUUUGCCCUGUGGUUUUAAAUGUUUUUUUGGCAUCUUGUUGCUUGCUAGAUAUUCUGUUGAGAUGAACAUGUGGUAGCCAACUAGCAUAUUGUUUACAAGCAAAUUAGUAAAUGUCCUAGAAAGCUAGACAGCUAACAUUACCUAGCUAGUUGAGUGCUGUGGCUAGCCCAAAAGGACAAGGAUAAUCUUAUCUUUUGAGGCUUUAAAAAUAAAAUAAAAAGUGUUCUUACACUAUGAUUUUGAAACUGCAACGCAACUGGAAAAUGUCCACGGCAGGCACUGUUAUGGGAUUUGUGUUUAAUGACUAAAAUAUGUAUACAUUUGACUUAGAUGUUACUGUAUAAAUGAAACUUAUUAUAAUCAUAAUGCUGAGUGUAAUAUGUUCCUUAUUAAAAAGAAUGGAGUUAUCUUCAGACAGGCUGGAAUGCUGUGUUCCUUACAGGACAUUCUGUCUCUACCCAGGGAGGGGAAAGACCUUGUGUUGGUUGCAGAUAGUUUAACAGGUGGCAGACAGUAAUGAGGCUGUGAACUGAAUUGCCAUUGUAUUCUAGAGGAUGGACAUUAAAACCCAUGACGUCAUCUUUAUUAUAUAACCUGAUGUAAAUUGUACUAUGAUUCAGUACUCUCGAGAAUAAACGCUAUUGAUUGAUUGAUUUUUAA